GCCAUGGGACAGAGUAUAUCGAUAGGUGUUUGAUGAAAUCUUGUGCAAUCAGUAAAAAUAUUUUCAUAGGGAGAAGGGAACAUAGCUGUUGAUAACUAACAAGUUACUUAACUAUUACUAUUUUGGUCCAUUUCUUUAAUUGUUAUAUAGUGAUUAGUGGUUCCACAAUCCAUGCUUGGUAGAAAGAGUUAAACGGUUCAGAGUAAAAAUAUUCAAUUAUUCACUGUCAUUGUUAUCAAAAUGACAGAUUUUAGGAUUUUUACUGAAACAUGUUGACUUGUGUAAUUUCCUAGAAUUUGAUUCUUUUGUGACAUAAUAUAAUAAUAUAUACUGAAUAAAUAACAUAAGUUUACUGCAACAUCAUGUGGAAAAGUCUUAGGCUUACUCAGUCGCAGCUUUCGAAGAUACAUUUCAAAGGAAAAACAUUGCAAUAUCUUGGUGUUCCGGCUUUAGAUACAGUCCUCAACCAAUGGUAUGAAUUUUGUCAGAAACCGCCCAAGGGUUUUGAAAAAUAUUUUCAGCCAGGAACAAGUAAAAAACACGAAAAGGCCCCAGAAAAAGAUGAUUCUCCUACCCCGUCAAAGUCUUCACCGCCGUCUUCAAAACCGAGCUCUUCGACAGACAAAUGGAAUAUAAAUAUGUUCUCUGGUGGCUCAGGAAGUAGAGGAGGACCUAACCGCGGUGGUUAUGAAGGUCAAGACCGUGAGAAAUGGAUGAUGUUUGGUGCACUGGGUGUAGUGACCUUAAUAGCUUCAAUAGCAUAUUUUGAACUUAAGUAUAGAGAAAUAAGCUGGCGCGACUUUGUUAAUCAGUAUUUGAAAAAGGGAGCAGUUGAAAAACUAGAAGUUAUUAACAAGAAAUGGGUACGUGUCCGAUUGAAUCCUGGUACUUUUGAAGGCAAAGUUAUAUGGUUUGCCAUUGGCAGUGUAGACUCAUUUGAAAGAAAUUUAGAAAACGCACAAAUUGAAAUGAGUGUAGAUCCUCCAAAUUUCUUACCUGUUAUCUAUAAAUCUGAGGUUGAAGCAUCAAGCCUAACAGGAAUGCUGCCUACAUUAUUAAUAAUUGGAUUUCUAAUAUAUAUGAUGAGAAGGUCUGCAGAUAUGAUGGGUCGGGGGGGCCGAAAAGGUGGUGGGUUAUUUGGUGGAGUGAUGGAAUCUACAGCAAAACUGAUAAACCCUACAGAUAUUGGUGUAAAGUUUCAAGAUGUGGCUGGUUGUGAGGAAGCAAAAAUUGAGAUUAUGGAAUUUGUUAACUUUUUGAAGAACCCACAGCAAUACAUAGAUUUGGGAGCAAAGAUCCCUAAGGGAGCCUUACUCACAGGGCCGCCAGGUACUGGUAAGACUCUAUUGGCUAAAGCCACAGCAGGAGAAGCUAAUGUACCAUUCCUAACUGUUUCUGGGUCGGAGUUCUUAGAAAUGUUUGUCGGUGUAGGUCCCUCAAGAGUCAGAGAUAUGUUUGCAAUGGCCCGUAAGCAUGCACCAUGCAUACUAUUUAUAGAUGAGAUUGAUGCUGUUGGUAGAAAGAGGGGAGGCCGUAGUUUUGGUGGCCACUCAGAACAAGAGAACACCCUCAAUCAGUUACUUGUUGAAAUGGAUGGUUUUAAUACCACAACCAAUGUUGUUGUACUGGCAGCUACUAACAGAGUAGAUAUUCUGGAUAAAGCUCUUUUGAGACCCGGCAGAUUUGAUCGGCAGAUAUUUGUCCCAGCACCAGAUAUCAAGGGAAGAGCUUCUAUUUUUAAAGUUCAUUUAGGUCCUCUUAAAUCUUCUUUAAAUAAAGAGAAUCUUGCUCGUAAAAUGGCUGCUUUAACACCAGGAUUUACCGGUGCAGACAUUGCAAAUGUAUGCAACGAAGCAGCUUUGAUUGCUGCAAGAGAAUUAUCUACUGACAUAAGUAUGAAGAACUUUGAGCAAGCCAUCGAAAGGGUUGUGGCAGGGAUGGAGAAGAAGUCAAAUGUGCUCCAGCCAGAGGAAAGGAAAAUUGUAGCUUAUCAUGAGGCGGGCCAUGCUGUUGCUGGGUGGUUCUUACAACAUGCUGAUCCAUUACUUAAAGUAUCUAUCAUACCAAGGGGUAAGGGGCUAGGCUAUGCACAGUAUCUCCCUAAAGAACAAUAUCUCUACAGCAAGGAACAAUUGUUUGACAGAAUGUGCAUGACACUUGGUGGCAGGGUCAGUGAAGAAUUAUUUUUUGGCAGAAUCACAACUGGUGCACAGGAUGACUUGAAAAAAAUCACUCAGAGUGCAUAUGCACAAAUUGUACAUUAUGGCAUGAAUACAAAGGUUGGUAAUGUAUCCUUUGAGAUGCCUCAACCAGGGGAAAUGGUUAUUGAUAAGCCAUAUUCAGAGAAAACAGCAGAACUAAUUGACUCUGAGGUCAGAGAACUUAUUAGCACAGCCCAUAAACACACUACUGCAUUGUUAACAGAACAUAAGGAAAAUAUUGAAAAAGUUGCACAGAGAUUAUUAAAACAGGAAAUACUUAGUAGAGAUGACAUGAUUGAGCUUUUGGGUAAAAGACCUUUCCCUGAAAAGAGUACUUAUGAAGAAUUUGUAGAAGGUACUGGCUCAUUAGAUGAAGAUACUACCUUGCCUGAGGGUCUGAAGCAUUGGAACAAAGAAAAGCAACCUGCAACACCCCCACCUGAGAGUAUACCAUCAGGUUCAACCACCAGUAAAAAUUAAUUAUGUAGUGUUUUGUUGAAUUUUAGUCAGUGUAUGUGUAAUAAAUUUACAUUAAGACAAAGCCUUUUAAUGUGUAUUUUUUUUUGUUGAAGUGUACUUUUGAAAUUAGUCUGCAAAGCUAAACAGUAUUGUUUAUUUUGCUUGAAUAAGCGUUUUCUUAAAAUAAAUAAUAUAAUAUCA